AUGACGACGGAGACGCGCGAGGACGCGACGGAUGGAUACCGCGCGCGCGUGGACGUCGUGUACGCGCGGCUGAGCGGCGCGGACGCGAGGGAGGACGGCGAUAAAUUGCGCGUGCUGCUGAAUUACGGAGAACACGGACGGGAAUUGGUGCCCGUGGACGCGGCGGUGCGAUUGCUGGAGACGAUGGCGGAGGGUGAGGACGCGGUGGUGGCGCUGGCGCGCGGGAGGGGUGUGGACGAGACGCGGUUGCGAGCGAUGCUUCGAGCGACGACGUUCGCGGUGGUGCCGAUGGAGAACGAGCGAGGACGGGAGCUGGUGGAGAGGGGGGAUCCGUGCGAGCGGAAGAAUGGGCGAGGGGUGGACCCGAAUAGGAAUUGGGGGGUGAAUUGGGGGGUGAAGGCGCCGGAUUACGAUCCCAAGGAGGAGUUUCCGGGGACGGCGCCGUUUAGCGAGCCGGAGAGUCGGAUAUUUCGGGAUCUCGUCGCGUCGUUCGAGCCGCACGCGGUGGUGAAUUGGCACAGUGGGAUGUCGGCGAUAUUCACGCCGUAUGAUCACGUCGCGCGCGAGCCCACUGGGGCGGGGGCGGAGGCGAUGAUGCGUUUCGCGCGCGUCAUCGACGCCGAGCACUGCGCGAAAAAGUGCACGCUCGGUUCGGGCGGGAAGGGCGUGGGGUACCUCGCGCACGGUACGGCGACUGAUUACAUAUACGAAAAGAUGAAGGUGCCCGUGGUGUACACGUGGGAAAUAUACGGCGAUCUCGAUGCGCCUUUCGAGGAUUGUCAUCGCGCGUUCAACCCGACGACGAAGGAGACGCGCGACGCCGUCGUCGAAGCGUGGUUCGGAGCGCCCAUCACGCUCGUAUCCAUGCUCGACCAGCACCCCGACAUAAAUUUCAAACAUCAAAGCGUCGUGCCGGCUGUCGCGUCAUCUUCAUCGUUCGCAGUUGGUGAUGAACAGCGCCGUUUCCCUUGGACAAUUUCGUUGGCCUUCGCGUUCUUCACCUUGGUGGCGCUGCGUCGACUUCGGCGAUCCAAGCGCGGCGGUGGUGCGGCGAUCGGUACAUCGCUUUGA